AUGGGGGAUUUUGGUGCAGAUACCAAGAAGGGGAACGCAGCUGAGACAGACAGAGUUCAAUGUUAUGAGUCCGCUACAAUGAAAUACUUGGGGUUUUUGCCUGCGUUGAUACCCGAUGAGAUUAUCAUGUCAUCAAAACAAAAGUUAACUGAAAAUCAACGUGAAAGAUAUAAUGAGGCUAAAAGAACGAAAAGAAAAAGUCUCCAAAACUGGUUGCUUAAAGCACAACUUACAGAACCAAGGGCUACAACAUCAAAUGCUGAAAGCUCAGAAAAUCAACCAUCUUAUAUGGAAGCCACAGAGCCCACCUGUUCUGUUCCUCUUAGCUUUUACCAAUGGAAAAAGAAAAAAACCUCACCUCGAUGCGUAGAAAGACCAGAAGAUCCGAAGACGACGAUAUCACCAGAUACUGGACGGAAAUCUGACGCCGAUGUUGGAGGAACGAGACAUGUUGUGUACAGACGCGUGAGGAAGAGGAGGUGGGGGAAAUGGAUUUCUGAAAUCAGGGAGCCCAAGAAGAAGUCUAAAAUAUGGUUGGGAUCCUUCCCAACUCCUGAGAUGGCUGCAAGGGCUUACGACGUUUGA